AUGCGCAAUCCGGAGGUGCAUGACGCCCUCAGCAGCAUAGAGGCGGAGGCGGAGCGCAUGUUCAGCGCCGAGCGGCGCCUCAUGGACGGGGACGCCCAGGAGAGGGACAGGCUCUACGCGCGCGCGCAGCAGGGCCCUCCAGAGGACCCUGGAAGCCUGGCCGCAGAUCCGGGCUGCGCGCCGGCGUUGGGGGCCGCCGUGAACGGCCCGCACGCGCGCCGCUGCACGCGCGGCGCCGCGCCGCGGCUCCCCUCGGGCCGCAGCGCGCGCGCUUCCGCGGUAUCGUCCAAGCUGGCGGCCGUCGGCGCUGACCUGGCGUCCAGCGUUGACGAGGUCAACAGCCUGGCAGCCACCAGCCUGGGGGACCCCGAGACGCCGCUCGGCGCAGUGCUCACUGACGGCGCGGGCGCCGCGCGGAGCGCCUCUCGCCGCCGCCGGCCCUAG